UAGCACCAUGACAUCGAGUUUGGCGUGGCAUGAUCGGCACGAGAUUCUCAUUGCCAUGGCAGAUGGUCAUCUCACGACAUGGUACUACCCGACAAUUGUCUUUUCCGACCGCGACUUGUUAACAACCACGAAGACUGUGCGGGAUGACGGUGUAGAUGAAUUUUCUCGUAAUGAUCGUAUUGUCGCUUUUGAUGGCACAAGCGUGGGCGUGCGCCGUGGGGUUGAUGGUGCUCUUCUGACGUUUAACACAUCCCCGUACCCUCCCAUGGUCUUCGAACAUGUUGCCCAACACGACUGGAGUGGUGCAAUUCGUCUGGCACGCUUUUUAGAUGACAAGCCGUUGUGGGGGAUUCUGACGGGGCUGGCGUUGCGUCAAGGUGAAUUAAAUGUUGCAGAGGUGGGCUACGGCGCUCUAUUUGAACUGGACAAGGUGCGCUACAUACGUCACCUGAAGAGCAUUCCCACACCUGAGGGACGACAGGCCGAGUUGGCGUUGUUUCAGCGACGACAUGCGGAAGCGGAGCGUAUUCUUCUGCAAGCGGGACUCACCUACCGCUGUAUCGACAUGCACACCCGUUUAUUUAACUGGGAACGGGCGUUGGAGAUUGCAACAGAGAGAAAGACGCAUGUGGACAUGGUGCUAGCACAGCGCCAGAGGUACCUAGAGGCCGUUGGUAAAGAGGAGAACAUUCCACUUUUCAGGGAACUUGCGGCGUCGGUGGAGGUGGACUGGGACACGGUACUCGAGAAGAUGAAGCAGGAACAGUUGAAGGAGGCACAGCGCCCGGGUGCCAGACCGUAUCAAUAG